AUGGUUCAGAAACGUGCGUUGGAUCGCACAGAGGACGUUUUUCUAUUCACAAAAACACACAAAAUUGCAAACGUAUUGGACAUUGAGGGUGACACACAGCCUCGCGUGCCACCAGCGACGCUAAUCAGUCAAGACAACACGAAAAUGUCGAUUAAAUUUACAGAUGCUUUAAGAUUCGUGCCGAUGCAAGUUCGUCUGAAGGUUACGAAUGUUACUGUGCCGCUGGACUCCUCGAUUAAUCUGUUAAAAAGAGACGUGCUGCCUCCCCGAGCUCUAAGCCAUCGUAUGUCGCGCUUAUGCAACCCAGGCACAACGGACAAGGAAAAGACCAAGUCAGCCCUACUUGAACGUAAAUCCGUCUUUAUAUCUCGGAAUCGCGUAUCUCGUGAUAAUGGCCUUCCUCAGAUUCUACGUUUGGAGCUCACCAAUACCGUCAUUGUAGAAUCAAUCAAUAACCUAAGCACCUUCCCUGUGCUCAGCGUUGAUUACGGUUCCAAAUAUAUUGGGCUUUCUAUACAUCAUAUGGGUAAAGCGAAGUUACUUAGGUCAAUAUAUAACACCGGUGACGUGGAACACCUCUGUGGCGUCGUAUAUUCCAUAGUAACAGACAACAUUCACCCGCCCUCAAGGUUCAUUAUCCUUGUCGGUUUACCGUAUUCCAGGGAAGAGAUAACUGGUUCUGAGUGGAUUUCUCAAACCCUUUACAACCUAGAUUUUGCUACGCGGCUUUCAAGGUAUAUGCACGGCAGACAUCUGGGAACAUACGGGAAUUGGGAGCAUAAUGUUAAUCACACAAACGAGAAACCAAUGUCACCACAACAUGUAGUGCAUAAUCGAUGUAUUGGUUGCUCACUAAAUUUGGGGUAUUGUGGAUACAAUAAUGCUUGUGAGGAACUGUUUUUGAUUGCACCAUCAGAUUACAGUUCCACAGCUGUAAUUGGAAUCUCUGAAGAAUCAUCAACCUACCAAACGCAAAUAUUUGGUGGGAGGAAUCAUAGAAGGCUUGAUUCUCUCGCUAGUGAUAUCAUUUUCAGGAAUUUGCAGGAGUCCUUGAACAGCGACUCAAACCACAGGAAACCAUUCCUUGUACUCCCCAGCUGCAACAACUUGCUCCGCACCCAUACUAGAAGGGAAUGUUUGUUGCUAGAAAAAACUAUAUUCGACAAAUGUGUUAAUCUUUCACAUACAAGGAUGCCGACCCCUUUUCAUUCGCAUCUGUUUUAUGAAGUUUUUGAAAUACUAGUUAGAAAUGGAGAACUAACCACCCUUCGUAGGCUUCUUGGGGUUGUGGCUACACAAGAAACACGCCUUGUUGCCACAUUGUUGAAGAACAACAACACAAUGGUCCCCUUGGAUUAUAUGGGUCUGUACUCAAUGCAGUUCUUGCGAGCAUUGCAGAAUGAUCAUCUGGCGGCAGCUUCAAAUGUGUCAUUAUUUAUCAUGUAUGCUCAAGUAUUUAAUGAAAUACAUAGGCAAAUGGAAGAAGUUAACGAUUCAGAACGUGACACACUCCGUGUAUAUAUUCAUAACCUGUUUGACGAAAUGUGCACGCGAUUCCUCGAUGAACGGAUUCUCGAAGAUCGAUCAACAUUGUGUCGAAGCAGUGCUAAGAGUAUGUGUUAUGAUUUAUCAGGGUCGUGCACCAUGAGAAUAUUAUUAAACCUAGCAGGUUACGAACUCUUUAUAUCAAAAGAGAAACGUACAAGUAUAGGUGAAGUAGUCUUUUCGUGUAUCACUGGUUAUAUGAAGAUCAUAACUGAUGAGACAGUGUAUUCUGGGCCUCAAUUGACGGCAUUCUUAACACCUCCACAUUCUCCAUUCUAUGUAUUUCACCAUGAGGGCGACAAUGUCUUGCAAGAACUACUGACACCAUUUGAAUCAAAACCGCAGAAUAGCUCGAGCCCACGUAGGAACCACGUAUCGCAAUCGGGAAACGUCCUAAACGAUAGCAUGCACUUGUUGCUAAAGUUUGUUACGCACGCACUUAUGGAAAUUGUCGUCGUGUAUAGGCAGUCGAGUAACGGUGAUGAAUUAACAAGGGUCUUUACUAAAUUUAUUGGACGUGUAAAUAAUAUUACACUACACUGGACACAUAAAAAAAGCUUUUGGGACAAAGUGCGUCGCAUAUGUUCUCACCAAUGUUCACAAUACCAGAAGAAUGAAGAAUGGGACGCAAUUGAAACCUACUUAAGUUAA